GCCAGGGCCGGCGCCAUGGCCGGGGGCGCCGGGCCUGCCGCUCCUUGACACCCGCCCGCCCGUGGAGGUACCAAGCCCGCGCCCGGGGAUGCGGGGGAUGCGCAGGCUGCUGCGUGCGGGACUACUCCGGGCAGCGGAAGGGAAGAACUGCCCGUGCCACAGGCAGAGCUGCCACUUCUCCCGGAGCCUGCCAAGGAAGGGCUGCAGCGGGAGCGUCUUGGUGUUUCGUGCUUCGUCUGUCCGGAAAUAUUUUGGCUUUGAUUCCGUCUUGCUCCUCCCUGUUCCUGGAGAAGAGGUACCGUCCCGCUAUGCCUCGAUACAGCCUCCACAACCUUUUGGACUGGAUGUAUGGAGGGGUGGACCCCAGCUUUGCCGGCAAUGGAGGGCCGGAAUGCGCUGCCUUUCUCUCCGGCCAGCAGCGCUUGCUAGAGAGUUUGGUCUUCCUCAGUGUGGGCGCCAUGGAGAUCCUCGUGUCCCUGUGGAAGCUCAGGCAGCAGCAUGUCCGGGAGCUGGAGAAUCUGCUGCAGCAGCGCCAGACUAAGCAGGAGAGCCUGGGCAAAAACCUUCUGCUGGUGCUGCUCUGUCUCAUCUUUGGGCUGGAGCUGGGAUUCAAAUUUGCCACCAGAACUGUCAUUUACCUCCUGAAUCCCUGCCAUGUGGUUACUAUGAUGCAGAUUUUUCUUCUUGCCUGUCCCCCAUGUCGCACUGCAAUGAUUCUCUUCAGGUUGCAGAUGCAUAUGCUGAAUGGGGCCCUCUUAGCAUUGCUGUUUCCUGUUGUUAAUACACGCCUGCUUCCAUUUGAAAUGGAGAUUUAUUACAUCCAGCAUGUGAUGCUCUAUGUUGUGCCCAUCUAUCUGCUGCAGAAAGGAGGUAUUUACACCCCUGAACCGCUCUGCAAUUUCUGGUGGGCUCUUUUAUCCACGGGGUUUAUGUUUGUGUAUCAUUUUAGCAUCUUGCAGAUCCUGGGAUUGGUUACAGAAGUGAAUUUGAACAACAUGUUGUGCCCAGCCAUCUCAGAUCCUUUUUAUGGGCCCUGGUACCGCAUCUGGGCAUCUGGACAUCAGACUGUCAUGACCAUGACUCAUGGGAAGCUUAUAAUCCUGCUGUGUCACAGCACUGUCCCCACCUUCAAGUGGAGCAUGGACUUUCUUAGGCUCCCAGCAAAGAAAAUAGACUGAAAUUUCUCCCCACAGAGUAAUUCAUACAGGAAGCAGAGAUAUACUGGAAAACAAAGAGGGGGGAUGAGAGGACAAUGGCUUUAUACUUCUUCCCACAGUUUUUUGCCUCAAAAACACCUCUGUUAUGAAGUGAAGUUUUUUUUACCUGCUGUUUUUCACUGCCUAUUGCCAAUGGCAAAAUUAGUGGCCUUAUUCUGGGGAAGAUUUGUGUUUUAUACAUUUUGUAUAGAUUACAAUAGAAUCUUGCUAAGUCACCAUUUAAAAUUAGGCCAGGACCUGUCCACAUUCUAGCAAAGAGAGUGGCAGUGCUACCUCAUUUUCCAUUAAAGAAUAGUACACUUCUAGGAUAGGAAAUUCUGAAUUGUAAGCACUCAACUUAUGUGAACCAACAUGCUGAACUGCAUUAUCCAGGCUUAACUCUCAAAGCUUGAGUGUUCCAAAAUGGUCACAGGAAAUGGUGCGCACUUGAUUGUCUUGUCAGAAGUGCAAAACAGUAAAGUUCUACUGUACUUUCUAAAAGCUGAUUGAAAAAUGUUGGGGAACAAUAAGUCAAUUAAAAAAAAUCAACUGCUUAAUUUCUAAGCUGCAAUGGAUAAGUAUCUAUCUAGUGAACUCCCAUCAUGAUGCUUUGGAGAUUCUUUUAUUUUGGUAAGGGGUGAAAAAAAGAACAUAAAAAUAAAUUCAAAAGACCAUGUUAUGUUUAAGCCAUGAUAAGAUAUUGCAUCCACUGUUCUGUCCUGACUUUGAACAGAAUGGUUUUUUUCACUUAGACUGGAGAAGGAGUGGAGAUACAAAGUCCAAUGUAACAUCAGGGUGGUUUUUUUAUACUUAGUAGCUUUUGAAACAUUCGGGCUCUGUCUAUGAGGAUCCUCACUGACCAGACUGGUUGGUGAAGAAACCAAAUUAAACUCUUCUCUCCCUACAGCUCUGCUAUAUCAUGUGUACUGACUUUAAAAUACAGGUAUAAAAAGGAAUGUCAAAUCAGUACAGGCCUCUACUGCAAAGAACAUGUUCCAGUUUAGUAGCAUGAGCCAUUAACAUGUCUUUUGGAGAACAGGAUGAUGAGCAGAAUGAUCAACUGCAUGUACCUGCUCAAAUUUUGCAGGAGGAGAAACCAUUGGGCAGAAAGAAAUCCUGACUCUGUCCAGAAUUGUGAGCCCAUUAUGCAGACUUGUGUUUCAGGGCUGCAUGUUUUUCUCAUACUAAAAUUUCUUGGGAAUUUAUAGAUUCAUUGUGUUGUCAAAGUUGUGACUUGUAACACAAACCAAAACCAUCACACCUCCUCCAGCUGGAUCAUCUGAAGGUAUGUGCUGAAGUUAAAGUACUGACAUUUAUACCUCAAGAAGCAAAAGUAGGUUGACUUUUUUUUUUCCUUAAAAAAGAAAAAAAUUUCUUUGGUGAGGGAACAAGUGGCUACUUCAAAUAAUUUUACUCCAUAUGAUUAAAAAGAGUACACCUCAAUCAGAAAUA